AUGCAGUUUAUUAUUCCCCUUUAUCUAUUAAUUUCACUAUGGGCUCUAAGAGUUUGUGAAUCCGCAGAUAGGUUUAGUGAAUUUUUCAAGAAAUAUAGAGCUACUAAACAAAUCGAUAGUAGUGAUGAAGAAGUAGAACAGGGGGCGUCAAAAGAUCGUAGGAAAUAUAAGGGUAAUCGUGACAAAAAGACAGAGCAAGGGGAGAAAUGUGAAAAAGAAGAUAAAGGGGAUAAAGCUGGAGCUGGUGACAGUGAAAAACCUGAUAAAGUAGUAGUAGUUGGUGGACCUGGUCUUGUCAAACCAAUUUAUCUAAGUGAACCUAUUGGUAAAGUUAAUGAGCCUGAGAUAAUUAAAGUGACUCUUUUAGACUCUGAAGAUGAAGAGGAAGAGAGGAAAAGGCAAGAAGAGGAAAAGAGGAAGAAUUCUUAUCUGAUAUAUACUAACGAAGAGUUACAAGCUACGCAAUUAGGAAUUGGAGUAAAUUUUCAUGACCUGGAACCAAAAUAUGAAUGUUUUCAGUCAUGA